AUGAAGAAGAGAAAAUUAGAUAACAAUAUUGAAGUGGAGUUGGUGACUGAGGAGGACGUAUUGAAAAUAAUAAAAAAAUAUAAAUUAGAUUUAAACAACUUAAAAUCAAAAGUUUCACAGAAUUUAAAAGCAAUUUUGGAAAAUUUUAAGAAAUUAUUGGAAAAUCUGGUCAAGGAUAAGCUGUUAGAAUCCUACGAAGCCUUCGGUGGGUACCGCUACGACUAUAUUCUUAAAAACAACAUUAAUGUGGAUUUUUUGCUAAAGUUACACCAGAAAAGUGACUUUAACCAAGUUUUAGAUUUUUUUAAGACUAGAUUUAAGGACCAUUGUGUGAACUUAAUUCAAUGUGUCGAAAAUGAUUUAGGAAUAAAGCUGUUAGUUACAAGAGUAGUAAACAUAAAUAACAAUUUGUUCAAUAAUGUGAUAACUUUAUUAUUUUAUGACACCAAAUCGAGGAAAACACUAUAUAGGAUUAAGUUGUUUUUCACGCCAGUAAAAUUUGGAAAGAGUAGAAAAGUUAAUGUAAAUGAGUUCAUUCUAGAAAAGUUUGAUCAAGUUCAUCAAGAAUACCCAAAUAUUUCAAACGCGAUAGUUUUGUUCAAGUUGUUAUUUUUCAAUCAACUUACUCCCUGUACAGAUGCUCUAGGGAGCGCACAAGACUAUCUAUGUAAUAAUGAUAUAAACGGAUAUGUAGUAAAUCUAAUACUGACACAUUUAUGUACAAUUAACAACUACUCUAAGAAUAUUAAAACUAUUCUCCUGUUCAACAACUUACUUAAUUUCUUCAAUAACCAUGACAGCAUCAACUUGUUUUAUCUAUCAAAUGUUGAAAAUAAUAUGGUCAACUCAUCAGUUACAGUUAAACAAUUUCAGACAGGUCCAGACGAAAAGGAGACCAUAAUAGAUAUACAAGAAGAAGACUCUAGAAGAUAUUAUUUGGAAGGAGUAAAUAAGUAUAGUAAGGGGUUAGUGAUGAGGAUAGAGAAAUACAACGAGUUGAAUUUAUUAAGUCAUAUUGAACCUUCAUAUCAUCGGCUAAAGUAUUUUGUUUCGCUAACCCUCAACAUUCUAAAUUCCCCUGUGCUAAGUAAGGACCAAAAAUUAAAUAAACUGUUUUUAAGGCGUCCUCUGCUGUGUAAUUUUUAUGACCACUUUAUUUCUUUCAAGUGUAACUCAAAUCAAAUAUUAGAUUUUACAAAUCAGCUGAGAUUUCUGUUAAGUUACUGUUUAAAAUAUAGUUUAAAACUUCUCCACUGCUUUAUACUUAAUCCCACUACAUGUAUUACUGAUAAGAAUGAAGAAAUCGAUGCCACGGAUGGACUGAGUGUAUUAUACUUUGUAGUUGACGAAAACGGGGAAAUGAACAGCAGGAUUGAAUUGACUGAAGAAGUUGGGAAAUUAUCAUUUUUUCAACAUUUCUUCCAAAACAACUAUAAGCUCGUUAAGUCGAACAAUAUAUUGUCCUACAUGACCCUAUUUGAAACAGUUGUGGAAAGUAGUGGUACGAAAGAGGAAAAGUUGUUCAGUAAUAGGAAUAAUAUAGUUAGAGAAUUACUAGAUUUCCUAAUUAAAAAGUUAAAAAUAAAAGUAAAUUUGGGUAUCAACAGGUUGAAUAUAAAGUACCCGUUAAUUACUGAAACUCAAAAGAAUUUGAUAGUCAACACUAAUAAUCUUGUUGAUAUCAUCAUGUCGUUGGACUUGCCCAUCAACAUACUGAAUAUAUACCCACUCAGCGAUUCCUAUUCCUACCUUAACUUGUAUGACAUGCCUGACAAUGACCAAUUUGAUACGAACGCACUGGAUAACAGUAUAAUAUUGAUGAUAAAGUGGGGAAACGACCCAAAUUUAAGAAAUCCCAAAACUGCAAGUUACAUCAAUACAGCACUCCUCAUAUACCUCAUUAAUCUUCUUAGACGCCACUAUCAAAUUCACUACCAUAUUUUGGAGGUGGGGAAACCAACCAUCAAUAACUCAGUAAACAAUUCAGUUACUACCAAGUAUUCCAACAGGCCUGAGGAUUUAGAAUAUUACAUAGAAUACGGAGGAUAUGUGUAUAAACUGAUUAUAUACAGAGAAGAUAGUGAGCUGUACGAAGAAUAUGUACUCAACGAAAGGUGUAAAAGUAUAUUAGUGAGGGAUAAAAGCUUUAUAAACUGCAUAAAAUUGGCCAAGAUUUUCUUUACAAAGUAUUUGAAAAUUGACAACAACUCCCUGAUUAAAAGGCUGGUGUUGGAGCAUUACGAGGAGAACGAGAGUGUCAGUUCAUUCACAGCGUUUAAACAAAUAAUAUGGAAUAUUGAUCGAGACAAAUAUAACAUUAGUAAUCAGAAUAUCGGACAGUGUAAAUUAUUAUUAAAUCACUUGAAUAAGCAGUUGUUGCCAAGGCCAGAAAAUCCGGAAACAUCACUCGACAAAAACGUCAACAGUAUUGAAAAUCAAUUGGAGAAUCAAAAGUUUGAUGUUAGUAUAAAAGUAAAAUCAGGAGAAAACGUAAAACAAAGCAUAAAUUAUGUUAGAUCUCUGGAUAUAUUCGAUGUGUAUUAUUACAAGUAUGAAGUCUUGAACAGGUUCCCAAAAAAGUUCCUGAAAAUAUAUUUAAACCUUAAAAUAAAGAAAUUCGUCCCAAAGUUGUACAUUAAGCAGAGUAAUUUUACGCAACAAAUGGUAGUCUGUGCCAAACACAUCAGGGAUGGGGAUAACAUGUUAGUAGAAUCUCAAACAUCAGAAAAUCCCCCAGCCUUCUUCAUUAUUCCAAAUAUUAUACUUUUAGUUAAACUAUUAUCUCAUUGCUUUAACAGUUUUAACAUUAAUUUCCUAAUUCACUGA